CCUGACCUGCCUCCGCCAGCCAAUCGCUUCCCCGGGCUCCAGGGCCAGCCCUCCCCGGCUAGGAAGGAGGGAAAGAGGCGGACUCUGCGCCGGCAUGGGGCGCGUCUCCCUUUGGAGGACGGGUUGCUGGUGCCCUUGUGGACAGCGGGGCAGGCGCAGUGAGGCGACGGAGGGCUCCCUGUGAGGCUGGGUCCACCCGAAGACGGUGAAAGCUGAGAAGCAAGAAGCCAGAUUGAUGUGGAGAAAUUGCAUCCUUUCCAGCUAGUUGCCACGGUCACAGCGGGGCUCUAGCUGCCCUGCUCGGAGCUUAUAUUAUUCUGCAGAACUGUAAUUACUGAGGGGAAAACAUGUCGUCUUCCAAGCCUUUGGCCAGAUUCUGGGAGUGGGGAAAGAAUAUAAUAUGUGUGGGGAGGAAUUAUGCAGAGCAUGCCAAAGAGAUGAAGAGCGCCCUCCCAAGUGAGCCUCUCUUCUUCCUCAAGCCAUCCUCCGCCUAUGUCAGGGAAGGCUCUCCUAUCAUCCAGCCAUACUACUGCAACAAGCUGCACCACGAGGUGGAACUGGGAGUGGUGAUUGGGAAGAGAGCACAGGCAGUUUCCCAGGAAGCGGCAAUGGACCACGUGGCAGGCUAUGCCCUCUGCUUGGACAUGACAGCCAGGGAUACCCAAGAGGAAUGCAAGAAGAAGGGGCUUCCUUGGACAUUGGCCAAAGGGUUCAAUACCUCGUGUCCGGUCAGUGACUUUGUGCCAAAGAAGAAAAUCCUGGAUCCUCACCAGCUGAAGAUCUGGCUGAAGGUAAAUGGGGAGUUGCGGCAAGAAGGAGAUACAUCAGGCAUGAUCUUUCCCAUCCCCUACAUCAUCAGCUACAUCAGUGGAAUUGUCACAUUGGAAGAAGGGGAUAUCAUCCUAACAGGGAGCCCCAAAGGGGUUUCUGCUGUGCAAGAGAAUGACGAAAUAGAAGCUGGGAUCCAGGGGGUGCUGAGCAUGCGGUUUCAAGUCACUCAACAGAAAUGCCGGCCUUGAUAUGGGAGGCUGUAUUUCACCAGAAGAGCAGUGAGCUGUUCUAAUUCAAACUGGAGUACAAAGGGACACUUGCACUAUUCUUUUCCUGUGGGACAGGAAAGGCUAGCAGCGUCUCAUGUUAUGGCAACCCAGUAGGAUUUGCUUUCCCCUAAUUCAGGUGCUGGCUUCUUCCACAGAAAGAGACAGAGAAGGACAAGGGCUGAGAUUCCAUCAUGUUGGGCACUAAACACAUUUACUGUCUUCAGACAUCACACUAAACCACAGCAUGAGAAGAACAAGUCACAACAAGUCUCAGGCUUGGGCACUCUUUCCUCCCUUCUUUGGCUGUGGCAUGGCCACAAAGAGUUCAAAGGCUUUCACUUCCAGUUUAGAUUAACUGCAGCUUGCCAUCACCUGGACCCCCAAAAACUGUGGUUAAUCUUUACUAUGGUUUGUUGAAAAAUGUGAACUCAAACCCACAGGUAACAAAGGGGGCUUUUUAAAAUAAACAAUAGUUAACGUUAGCCACAAUUUGUCUUAUUUAGAUGACAAACUAAACUGUGGUUUGGAAGUGAAAACUCCCAAAUUCUUCAUGGACAUGGCAUAGGAGGAGAGGAGGCCAUGCAUGCUGAAGAUUCACUGCACCUUAUUCUUGUCAUGCUAAACAAAACUUUCUGCAUCUAGUAAUAGAAAAUAUAACUGUGGCCUUUCUGAAAAGCACAGCCAAAGAAUGUAAGAACCAUCCUUUUCUAUCAGGCUGGAAUGUAUCUGUAUAUAAUUUGACAGAGAGAAUGUUCUAAAAGUUUUAUUACAAUGUAUGCACACAAAAUGGAAAAGUGAUGAAAUUUUGAAAAUAUUUUGGAAUGAAAUCUGAUGCAACUAAACACUAAGAUGUAAAUAAAACAAAACUUUU